AUGACGAAUUGAACCAAGGCGCCGCACAACUUGCUAAAACAUACGAUCCAGAGGAACAGCGCACUAUUGGGAACGCAGAUCCAGAGCAGAACAAUCCCGAAGCAGUAGCGUAUUGGCAGGAGAGGGUGCGAAACUCGGCCAAUUGUUUCUGCGUUCGGCAACCAGGACGAAGUAAUACGGGCCUGCAUUGGACAGAUGCCCGAAGGCAAGAGACGAUAUUUUUUGAAACGCAUUGGUAUUCUCUAUUCAACGAUCCGAUAACACGUAAUCGAUUGGGUACGGACAAUUUGAGGGAAUAUUUGGCUACCCGUCUAUACGAAUGGAUCCUGAAAAGACUUCCAGAUCUUCAAAAGAAAGCAAGGUUGCGAUUACACCAGAUGGAGGUAGAAUUGGAAAGCCUGCCCAAACCAGUCGACAAUCCUAUCAGAUACAUGGAUAACUUGAUAUGGGAAUUCAACAGAAAGAUUGAGCAAGCCACCGAUAUCCACAAGUUUCACAACCCACCACUCGCUCAAGCCUGUCGUGUGCGGUUGGAGGAGUUUGACGAUACACUAGUGUAUCAACUUCACCCCCGCUUUCGCCCGUUCUCUCGGGAAGUAUCAAGAAAAGGUGCUAUGAAAGACUAUCGAGAAGAACAUGCCACCCCAGCAGAAGUCCCACAAAUGAGCCGGAACAUCCAAGUUCCCGAGCCCGUCUAUCUAGAAGAGGUGAUGGCGAGAUCCAAUGAAAGAGGAAGGGAGGUUCCAGGGAACUAUCCUUAUGGAGUCAAGAAGGACCUAAUGGAAAAGUCAAUCUCCAUGUGGCGAAAGGAAACGGAUGAGAUGCUAGACGAUAUUUCCCAAAUGAUUUCAUCCACAUUGCAGAAUAUCAUCUCUGAAUACUUUGGGCCGUACAAAGCGAGCGGACUCGAGGAUAUAGUUUCGUCAGUAACUGCCCACCCACGAGAAUAUUUAUGCUGA